AUGGCCGGUCAAGCCGACAUCUCUAGCAUCCUGGCCGCUCUGGCUCAGCGCCCUGCCUCCAACCCCGCUCAGCCUCCCCAGCAAGGUCCUCCUGGUGGCAUGCCUCAAGGCUAUCCUCAGAACCUCGGCCCCGCCCAAAUGCCUACCCCCUCACUUGGCGGCUUCCCUCUACCUCAGCCAUCAAGCUCUGGCAGCGUCGACUUGAGCGCAAUUCGUCCCGUUAACACCGGCUCUGUAAGCAUCGCCGAAGCCAUCGCAAAGGCCAAGAGCAUCGCUGCAGACCGCGGCAUCUCUUACGAUAAUCGCCCUCCUCAACAACAGAUUCACAACCAGCCCCCGCGUGGCGACCCUCGUCUUGCUGGCAGACCUCCCUACCAACAGUCGAGAUCUCGCUCGCGCUCGCCUCCUCGUCGCGACAACUUCCGCGGCAACUUCAACCCUUACCGUGACGAGCGACGCGACGCCGAUCGCAGAGACCGUGGCUACAACAAUCGCGACAGAUCCCACUCUCCUGGUCCUCGUGGUGGAAGAGGAAACUUCUCGCCCGGCCCUGGCGCUCGUGGCGGCCCUCGCUCUCCUACUUCGCGCGCCCCUCCCGGCGACAGCGACACAAUCUCGGUUAAGUCUGCGCUUGUUGGUCUGAUUAUUGGUCGCAAUGGAGAGAACCUGCGACGCGUCGAGUCUGAGAGCGGUGCCCGCGUCCAGUUCAUUCCAGCCAAGGAGCCCAACGCCGUCAACCGCCAAUGUACCAUUUCUGGUCCCCCUCAGGCCCGUGAGCUUGCAAAGCAAGAGAUUUUCCGUGUCAUGGACGAGAAUGGUGGCAGCGUCCCUCCGGAGCGUGGCCCUCCCAUGUCUAGACAGCAGCAACCUAUGAUGCAACAAUCGAGAGAUCAACAACCCGCUCUGCGCGAAGGUGAGAACAGCGUUCAGAUCAUGGUUCCCGACAAGACGGUUGGUCUGAUCAUCGGCCGUGGUGGCGAAACUAUUCGUGACUUGCAAGAGCGCAGUGGCUGCCAUGUCAACAUUGUCAGCGAGAAUAAGAGCAUCAACGGUAUGCGUCCUGUGAACCUGAUUGGCACGCCCGACGCUGCACGUAUUGCAAAGGAGAUGAUCCUCGAGAUAGUUGAGAGCGAUGUCCGCCCACCUCCUGGCCACCCCAACCAUCAGCCCGCUCAGCAGAUGGAUUCCCGAGGACCUGCACCUUUCGAUCCUUACCGUGGAGCUAUGAACAACGACCGUGGAGGCGCCGACAAGAUCACCGAGGAGAUCUACGUACCGUCUGAGGCCGUCGGUAUGAUCAUCGGAAAAGGAGGUGAAACAAUCAAGGAAAUGCAGGCCACCACUGGUUGCAAGAUCAACGUUGGUCAACCCGAGCAACCCGACGUCCAGCGUCGCAUAGGUUUGGUAGGUAGCCGCUCUGCCAUUGAUGAGGCAAAGGGCGCCAUCUGGGAAAAGGUCGACACUGUGCAACAACGUGACCGCAAUGGUGGUGCAAGAGAACAGCGUGCUCCUCGUAACGAUACCUAUGGUGGUAACAACCAAUACUCACAGCAGCCUCAACAGCAAGCUUAUGGACAGAUGCCCAUGGGCGGUGCUGCUCAAGCAAUGUCUGCAUUGCAGGGCAUGUCCGCUACACCUCAGCAAGCACCUGCAUCUGACCCGAACGCCGCCGAUCCUUAUGCUCCCUACGGUGGUUACCAAGCUUACUGUGCUAUGUGGUAUGCCGCUCUCGCCCAGAACGGACAGGGUGGACAAGGUCAACCCCAAAUGCCGCCCCAAUAG